CCAAAAACUAAAGACCUCAGUCUCUUCCCCAAACAUGAUUAACAAUUGAGAAUGUUACGGUUAAUCAGUUAUCCUCCAUAGAGUGUACUAACCAUAUUACCUCAAAAACAAUGCAAAAUGGCAUACUUGCAUCAACACUUGCCCACAUGGCAGAAACCUGCACUUCCAUGCGGGACCUCAAGGUCCUCCAUGCCCGCGCCUUCUGCGCCUCCCUCCAUCACCAUCCUCUCGUCCUUGCCAAGCUUUUCCGCUUCGCUGCAGUGUCGCCCUUCGGGGACUUGUCCUAUGCCCACCGCAUGUUUGAUCAUAUGCCUCAACCAACCACCACCUUCUUCUACAACCUUCUCAUCCGUGGCCACUCCAACACCACUUCCAUCCCUUCGUAUCCCACCUAUUUUUUUAACCUUAUGCGCCAAAAGGGUAUCUUUCCAGAUGGGUUUUCCUUCACCUUCUUGCUUAAAUCCACCUCCAAGACCAACCUCCUUCCUAGUUCAGUUCACGGUGCCGUUUUGAAGGCCGGGUUUUGCUGCCACCUUUAUGUGCAGAAUGCAUUGUUACAUGCUUAUGCAGCAAAGGGGAUGAGUUUGACGACAAGGAGGGUGUUUGAGGAGGCUUUAAGAGUGGGAUUAGAGGUUGAUGUUGUGUCCUGGUCAGGCUUACUUGUUGCACACGCAAGAGCAGGGGAGCUAGAAAUUGCGCGACGGGUGUUUGAUGAAAUGCCUGAGAGGGAUGUAGUCUCGUGGACCACAAUGUUAUCCGCGUAUUCCCAGGCCAAGCUUCCACAGGAAGCGUUGGAGUUGUUUUGGGAGAUGAGGCAUACUGAGGUGAGGCCGGAUGAGAUUACCAUGGUGAGCGUGAUCUCGGCUUGCACAAAUUUGGGAGACAUAGAGACAGGGAGGAUGGUGCAUGAGUACAUAGAGCAGAAUGGGUUUAUGUGGAUGGUUGCACUCUGCAAUUCCCUGAUCGAUAUGUAUGGAAAGUGUGGAUGCUUGGAGAUGGCGUGGUAUGUAUUCAACGGCAUGAGGAGGAGAAGCUUGAUCACAUGGAACACAAUGAUUUCUACGUGCGCAAACCAUGGUAAUGCCGAUGAUGCAUUUGGGUUGUUUGAGUGGAUGAUUCGUUCUGGGGUUGUGCCCGAUGGAGUGACACUUCUGGCGCUUUUAGUUGCAUAUACUCAUAAGGGUUUGGUUGAUGAAGGGAUUAGGCUGUUUGAGAGCAUGAAAAGAGAGUAUCGAAUUGAACCCAGGAUUGAGCAUUACGGCGCCAUGGUGGAUAUGCUGGGACGUUCCGGGAGGCUACAGGAGGCAUAUGAUCUCCUUACAAGCAUUCCUAUUCCCUGCAAUGAUGUGAUUUGGGGAGCACUGCUUGGUGCUUGCAGGAUUCAUGGUGAUGUAGAAAUAGCAGAGAAGGUUAUAAAGAAAUUAUUGGAGUUGAAGCCGGAUGAAGGGGGAUACUAUAUUCUUCUCCGUGACAUCUAUGUUGCUGCCGGCCGACCGGUUGAAGCGAACGAGAUUAGGGAAGCCAUGGUAGCCAGUGGAGCAAGAAAAACUCCUGGCUGUAGUUGGGUGGAUGCAUGAAAGCUACAGCAGUCAAUAUAUUGUUGAUGCAUAGUUAAUUCCUAAUUAUACGUAGUUAACAGCAUAAGUAUCACAAUUAAUGAUAUGCAAAUAGUUUAUUGUUCUAGUUCAUUUCUGCUGCAGAUUUGUCCACAGGGAAUCUUCCAAAUUCCUGAUUUUUGACACUCUAUUGUAAAUACU